AUCAUUAGCUCAGAAAAGUUUUUUCUGCUCUAUAUAUAUGCCAACAUAACUUCCGGGGGCUAGCCAAAAGAAGAUAGACAUCUAAAUACUCUAUAGUUGUUGAAGGGUAAAUCCAACUUUAAUUAUGACGGCAAAGGUUCAUCCCCAAGGGCUACCUUCCUCUGCCUCCUCCUACUUCUCUUCCAAACAAGAAACAUUUACAAUAUGGAUGAAGUCUCUGGUGUUCGGUGGCAAAGGUUGCACUGUCUUUGAUGCCAAGGGUCAAAUUGUGUAUCGAGUUGAUAACUACAGCCGCAAAUGCAGAGAUGAAGUCUAUCUUAUGGAUUUCAAAGGAAAGGUCAUAUUCACCAUACUAAGAAAGAGAUUCAAAUUGUUCAGGUUUUGGGAGGGCUACAGAUCCACAGCUACAGAGGUUGACAGGAAAAAGCCUGGUUUCCAAGUAAGAAAAACUUUUAGGAUUUCAAGAGGGGACUCACCAGUCUCACCAUAUGAGGUUCUUGUGGGGUUAGAUGAGAACCAACCAGGCCAUUACAAGAUCCAAAGCUGGGGUAGCAACAAGUCAGCAUGCAAGAUAGUAGACCAAUUCGGGGGGCUUGUUGCAGAGUUACAGAGAAAGAAAUCAGCAUGUGGGGUUGAUUUAGGCAACGAUGUUUUGACAAUGGUGGUGGAGCCCUAUAUUGAUCACUCUCUUAUCAUGGGUGUUUUUGUUGUGUACAGUCUCAUGAAUCACAAAAUGUGAACGUGUGUAGGCAAUAUAAUGUUCAUUUUGAAUAUUACUAGUUAUAUGAGAUACGUUUGCAUGUGCUUCGUAACA